AUGCUGUUGAUUUUCCAGAUUUGCAACAGGUUGAAGCAGGCUGGUCUUGCUGAAGUAUUUGAGGCAAAAGUAGAUGGAAAAGUGGGAACCCCUACAAAAUUAAAAAAGAGCAGAUCUAGAGGGCAAGAUAAGCCUGUCAGUUGUUUGCGACUACUGAAAAAGUUCUCUCCAAAGCUUUUUCAACAAAAAGUUCCAGAUUGCGAGUAUGACAAUCUUGUCUCAGAGCAGACUAUCACAUCUGGAAACUUAGUUCUAAACACGGAGCAGUUAGUGGAGCUUUCUCUCAAGCAACAAAUUGUUGACAUGAUUGAUGGCGAAGCAUCAAAAGGACUUCUUGGAGUUGAGGUAGGUACAAAGACAAGUCUUUCUUUGAACAAUGUGUUGGAAUGGAUCCUCAACAGAGUUAUAUUUGAAGACGAACCUAAUAAAGCUAACAUAAAACUCAAACCUGUUGCUAAGCCCAUGAAAUAUCACACUGAUCAAAGUAUUCAAGCUAAUCCAAAGAUGAAAAUUGUCGCUAAGCCUAUAGAUUAUCACCCUAAUACAAAUGAGCUUGAUGUGCGUCAGGCUGCCCAUGUCCUCCCCAGUGGUGCUGCUGAUGAGCCCAGCAAUUAA